AUGACUGAAGUAGAUGUAGCAGAUAUUCCUUGCGAAGAGGUGGAAAAAGUUGAAGAUGAAAAGAAAAAUGAUGUAGAAAAUGAGGAUGUUGAGAUAAAAAAAAACAAAAAUAAUAAACUAAAUAAAAAGAGAAAAAUGGACUCUAUAGUGAAGGAAAAAAAAGCGAAAAAAAAAAAGAAAAAAGAAAAAAAAAAUAUAGAUGAAGAUGACGAUGACGAGGUAGAAGAGGACGAUGAUGAGGUAGAAGGAGAAAUGGAAUAUGAUGACAUUACAGAGUUAGAAAAUUUUUGUAAAAAAUAUAAUAUAGAUAAUGAGGAUAGUUCAAGUGAUGAAAAUAUGAACAAUGCAAAUGAUGAAUUAUUAUUAGAUGAAGAUGGUCAAAGUGGUGAAAAAACAAUUGAUAUAGAUUUUGUUCAUAAUUUUUUAGAAUCAAUUAAUAAAAAAGUUAGAUUAAAUAAAGUUCUUAAAUUGCUAGCCAUUUUUGAGGAUGCUCUAAAUUUAUAUCAUAUUGAAGAAGUAGAUGAUGGGUAUUCCAAAAUGGAAAAGAACAAUGAAAAAAAUGAUAACAUAAAUAAUGAAGACAACAAAACAAUGAAAAAAAAAAACCGUAAUAAAAAAGGAGAACAUAACAAGAAAAGAAACUUCCGAAUGAAUGUAGAUACAUCAGUAUAUAUAAUAUUUAAUGUUCUGUACAAUAUUAAUAAUAUAUUUUACAACUUUAUGAAUGAUGGUAAUUUAAAUAUUAAUGUGAUAUCUCUUGAUGAUAUAAAAAAUAAUAAAAUAAUUGAAAGUGAAUUUGAAAAAAAUGAAAAAGAUAUGAACAAGCCAGAUAUGAUAUAUGAUUUAGAGAACAUGAGUAAAUAUAAACACAUUAAUAGAUAUAGACCAUGUAUUAUAUAUUUUUUUAAUAAGAUUAUGUUUCAAUUAAAUAAAUUAAAAAAUUGUAAUGAUAUAUUUUUAAGUAUAUUAAAAAUAAUAAAAAGAAAAGAAAUAUUAAGAUGGGUUGUAAUAUUAAAUUAUGGAAAAAAAUUUUUAAAAAAAAUAUCUCAUUUAUUUGUUUUUUCGAAAAAAAGUGAAAUAUAUUUUCUUUUAUAUAUAUUAAUUCAAAAUAUGUUUCAAUUAUAUAAUGAAAGAAAAAGAAUUUUAUUUGCAAAUUUAACAAAGACUAAAUAUGAAGAUGAAAAUAAUCAAAUAAAAAAUACAUAUGAUAUGGAAAAGUUACUAUAUGGAAUUUAUCAACAUAUUUUUCAAAUAUAUAUAACACACUAUGGUCCAAAAUCAGACAAUAUAAUUAAUUGGAAUGAUAUACAUUUUAAAGAAAACUGUUUAGUUGAAUUAUUUACAUAUCUAUCUCAUGAUGUUGCAUAUAAUAUUGCCUUUAGAUAUAUUCAGUUAGUUAUACAAAAGAUUAGAGAAGAAUUUAAAGUUGUUUAUGAAGACAAAGGGAAUGAAAAAUCAAAAGAAAAAAAAAAAAAAUUCGAACAAAAUAAAAAAACAAAAUAUCUAUAUCUAGAACAAUUACGUCUUCAUACACCUCAAAUGAUUAUUAUUUUAAAAUUUUUAAUGAAAAUUACAAAACAAUGUGAUAAUUUAAGUAUAUUAACAUAUGGCUUAACAACAUUAAUUAUUGGUAUAUUAAAAAUGAAAAUAAAUAAUAUGAGAUAUUUACCAUUUAAUCUACAAUUAAUUAAUUUUUUAAUUCGUAUAAUGGAAGAUAAAAAAAAAUAUAUCCCAUUAUUUUCUUACUUAGUUUGUAUAUUAAAUGGAUUAAAAAAUUAUAAAAAUAAUAAAAAUAUUCCAAAAGAUCAAAAAACACGAUUUUUAAUCGAAAAUUUUGAUAUAAAUUCAAGUAUACAAAUUGAUGAUAAAUUAAUUUCAGAUUUUUCUAUAUCUUAUCAAAUAUAUGAUAAAAUUUAUGUUAUAUUAUUUGAUUAUAUUGGUCUAAUAGUAAAUCAUAUUUCUUUUCCAGAAUUUUUUUUUGCUAUUGAAAAUUUUUUAAAAAAAUAUUACUUAGAAUGUCAAGUAAAUACAUUUAAAUCUCAGAUUAAAAAAUUGUUGACACAUGCAAAAAGUUCAAUCGAUAUUAUUUUAAACAAAAGAAAAUAUAUUAAUAUAUAUACUAUACAUGAUAAAAUGACAUACUUUGAAAAUGAAAAAUUACCACUAUCAAUUCAAAGACUAUCUAUAUUAGAAAAUUAUGAGAAUACCUAUUCUGAAAAAAUUAAAGCAAAAUUAAGUGGCUUGGAAAAUAUAAAGAAUGUUGAUAGCGAUGAUGAUAAUGAUAGUGAUUUGGAAAAAAAACAAAAAAACAAAAAAAUGAAAAAAAAGAAAAAUAAAAAAAAUAAGAAAAAUAAGAAAAAAGGUGACAAUGACAAUGAUGCAGGGGCAGAGGAAAACGGAAAGUUGAAUGCUCUAUCCAAGGAAGAUAAAGUGGAAGAAUUCUCAUUAUCUAGUGAAGAUGACAAUGCUAAGUAA